AUGCAUAUUAUCCUAACAGGCGCCACCGGUCUCGUUGGCUCUGCAGCUCUCGUUGCGCUAAGGGCCCGGCCAGACAUCUCCAAGAUCUCCAUUCUGAGUCGGCGGCCCGUUCCCAUGCUGGAGGACAGCAAGGAUGAUCGCAUCGAGGUGAUUGUGCACGAUUUCAAGCACUAUGAUACUUCCCUGCAAGAUCGCUUGCGGGGUGCACACGGCUGCGUGUGGGCGCUGGGAAUCAGCCAGACCGCCGUGUCCAAAGAGGAGUACAUUCACAUCACUAAGACCAUGACCCUCGAAGCGGCACAGGCGUUCGAGAAGCUGAAAUCGGACGAGUCGAGUGCCUUCAACUUUGUCUUCGUAUCCGGGGAAGGUGCAACGAGCGAGCCGGGUCGAUUCACGCCUCUGUUCGGGCGCGUGAAAGGUGAAACCGAGAGCGCAUUAAUGGAAAUGGAGACCCAAAAUCCUGACUUCCGACCUCUUAUCGUGCGCCCUGCGUUUGUGGACCCCAAGAGCCACCAGGCCAUCCUUCCGUGGAUACCGCAAGGGUCAGUCGCAAAGCGAGUAGCAGAGACCGCCUUCGGCCCAGUGAUUCGAGUAUUUUUCAAAGCCUCACACAGCCCGACAGCCCCCUUGGGAGAGUUCCUCGCCGGACUGGCGAUGGGAAAGUUUGAUGGCAAACUGAAGGGCGAGGGUGUGGAAACACAUGGCGGGAGUUCCCUCAUCACUAACGUCGGCUUCCGGCGGUUGAUGGAGCUGAAUUAG